UUCCAUACAAGCAAUUGAGACUGAUUCUUAUACAGAAACUAAGAAUUUGAUCUCAUAUUGGACACUUCUUUCAUUGAUAUACCUCUUUGAGUAUGUUUUUAUCAAGCUUCUUCUAUGGUUUCACCUCUGGCAGUACAUUAAGCUAAUGAUCGUUUUCUGGCUUGUGACGCCAGACUUUGGACGGGCUUCUUAUGUUUAUAAUAACCUUGUUCGCUUGAUGAAACCUCAAAUAGUCACAUACUGGAGGAAGUGUUUUGUUGAGAGAGAUAACUUUUUAAUGCAUGCAGAGAGGUAUUUGAAAGAGAAUGGAACUGAAGCCUUAGAGAAACUCAUUACUAGCAACACAAAUGAAGAAAGAGUCCAAAUUGAGCACAGAGACAUCAAAGAUUUGGAGGCUAUUGAGGAAAAAGAAAUUUCUGUUGCCAAGAAUGAAGAAAUACAGACAGAGAACAAAGACAUCAAAGAUUUGGAGGCUAUUGAGGAAAAAGAAAUUUCUGUCGCCAAGAAUGAGGAAAUACAGACAGAGAACAAAGACAUCAAAGAUUUGGAGGCUAUUGAGAAAACAGAAAUUCCUGCUGCCAAACAAAGAACCUAUGCUAAUAUUGUGGCGAGUCAAAAAGCAUCAUCAUCAGCCAUAGUAGAAACCAAAGGAACAGCUGAAGGUGAUAAUGCUGGUGGAGAGGUUGUUCAGAGUUCGACUUGUACAGAGAAGGAAGUGCAGAGAGAAUGGACAUGUGCUUUAUGUUUGGUAAAAGUUACAUGCGAGAAAACCUUGAAUUCACACCUUAAGGGGAAGAAACACAGGGCUGCUUGGGAAGAAGCUUUGAAGUUAAAGUUAAAGAUGCAACCUGGUCUGCAGAAGAAACUGAUAGAACCAAUAAGGAUGGUUAAUUCCAAAAUAAUAUGUAAAGCGUGUAGUGUUAUGCUUCCAAGUGAGGACUGUGUGGCCUCUCAUAUAAAAGGGUGGAAGCACUUGUCUAAGAUUCAGAGUUGA